UCGUCCAUAUUGUUUUUGUUGUGAAAAAAUCACUAAAAAUUCUUGUUAUUAAUGUUAUUAUCGCAAAUUCGCAUAUUUGUUUGUAAUUGAUGUGCGUUUUCUUCCGACUUAACAAUUUAACGUGCGUUAAUACGUCUCGUGUAGCGUACAAUGCAGACUCAGCUGAGCGUUUGUAUUCGACGACGUGCAGCAACAUCGCCAAUACUCCAUCGCAUGUAAUCUCGACUAUGGAGAUUACAAUUUUUAAAUAAAAAUAAACUGUACAACAGUAAAAAAAAAGAAAUUGGAGAAAAAAAUGGAACAACAAUUAUGGAUAUGGAUGUGGUGUAGUAUUGUAUUACUUCUAACAACUUGCAGUUGUGCUAGCCGCAAAAAAUACGAAGAAACCAAAUGCCACUAUUACAACCAAACUUCUUGUGACAACAAUAAAAAUGAAAAAGAUUGUACUAGUGCUAUUCAAAACUGUAAAGCUGGAGAAAAUGAUAAACCAUCAUAUUGUUAUGCUGUUUGGACGAACGAUACCAAGACGAAUAAACUAGAAAUUAAGCUUAAGGGUUGUUUUUUAAACAAUGUUGAAUGCCAAGGCCAAAAACAAUGCAAGGACAAAAAAGAAGAAAUGAAACCUAAUGGCUUAAUGUUUUGUUGUUGCGAAGGUGAUUUUUGUAAUUCGGAAAUUAUGUGGGAUCCUAUACCUACAACUCCUCGAAUAGAGACUACAUCUGCAAAACCAUUACGUGAUGAGAAUGAAUUAAUACAUACUAUAGUGUUUUCUACCAUACCUUUGGUAGCUGUUGCAAGUAUGUUUCUAUUUGUCUAUUGGGUUUACAAACGAAGAAAAAUACCUCAAUUUUCUCAUUGGGUUCCGUCGUCUGAUAGCUCCCACUUAGGAAAUUGUUCUCCAAUACUUAGCAAUCGUCCAAUACAACUCGUUGAAGUGAAGGCAAGGGGUCGAUAUGGUGCUGUUUGGAAAGCUCUUCACAAGAAAGAUACAGUGGCUGUUAAAAUAUUCCCUCCUCAGGAUAAAAAUUCAUGGUUGGUUGAACAAGACAUUUAUCAAUUACCACACAUGCAACACGAUAAUAUGCUAUCCUUCAUUGGAGCUGAAAAACAUGCUAGUGUUAUUGAAGGUGCCAAAAAUGAAUAUUGGUUGAUUACCGCUUAUCAUGACUAUGGAUCAUUAUGCGACUUCUUAAAAUCUAAUAUAUUAACUUGGGAUCAGCUUUGUCAUAUUGCCCAGUCUAUGGCUAGGGGUUUGAUGCAUUUGCAUGAAGAGAUUCCAUCAGAACGUGCAGAUCAGUAUAAGCCAGCCAUUGCUCAUAGAGAUUUUAAGAGCAACAAUGUUUUACUAAAACAUGAUUUAACUGCGUGUAUUGCUGAUUUUGGUCUUGCUUUGGUUUUUCAGCCAGGCAAGUCGUGUGGUGAUACACAUGGGCAGGUUGGCACAAGAAGAUACAUGGCACCAGAAGUACUAGAAGGGGCGAUAAAUUUUUCCAGGGAUGCGUUUUUAAGAAUAGACAUGUAUGCAUGUGGAUUAGUACUAUGGGAAUUAGCAACCAGAUGUACAGCACAACAAGGUGCUAUACCAGAUUAUAGGUUACCUUUCGAAGAAGAAGUAGGACAACAUCCAUCAUUGGAAGACAUGCAAGAAUGUGUAGUACAUAAAAAACUAAGACCUGCUUUUAAAGAUAGCUGGAAAUCACAUCCAGGUUUAAUAGCUCUGUGUGAUACAAUGGAAGAGUGUUGGGAUCAUGAUGCUGAAGCUAGGCUGUCGGCAUCAUGUGUAAUGGAACGCAUUACAUGGCAAUGUCGUCAGUAUAAUGGAACGGCUGUAACAUCGUUAGCACCUUAAAAUAUUUUAUUUGUAUAAUAACAUAAUAUACAUCAGCAACCUAGCUUCUGCAGAAGAAGACAUUGGUGUUUCCUUUUAUGUAAGUUAACUAUCUAAGUAACUUGGUAAACUCCUUAAUAAGUAAUUUGAUUGUUGAUGUACAGAAGUAGUAAGUGAAUACCUCCAGACCACCCACCACUUCCCUCAUCAUAAUAAUGUUUUCUUUUUAACCUAAUCAAUAUUAUAGAUUAUGUUUUCCAUGUUCGUUGACAAUGUCUUGUGUAUUAUUAUCCAUGUAACCCUUACAUAAACAAUAUUGUUUAUAGUUAUAUACUCUACUCAGAAUAAGAAUUCCCACUUUCAUUUGAUCAGCCGUCAGCCCCCCUGGUGAGUGUCAGCUACG